AAUUCCAUCGGAGUAAAAAAAACUCCCAUACGCAAUCGCCUUAAACCCAAUAUCGCAUAUUCGCAAUCGCCUCAGCGCCGCCUCGCAUCCCCCUAUUCCUACCUUCUUGCAUCGCGUCACCGCCGCCUCAGCCAACGAUAUUGUUUUAGAUUCUUUGAGAUUUUCAUGGAUUUACAAUUAUGAUUGAGGUUCUGGGUUGCAUUUUUCCUGACUCGUGGAUAUGCUAGGGUUGUGAACAAGUGUGUUUUGAGUGAAGAAACUGGAGAAAAAGAUGGCAUCUUCUGAUGAUGAAGGCGAUAUAGUAACGACCAAUGUGUCUGAUUAUGAAUUUACCUGUGGUGUUGAUGAUGAAUCAAUUUCAUUUGCUAAGUUACCUGUGGUGUGGAGUGAAGGCAGCACUCAUGAUGGAAAGCAACUACAGAUAUACUUGCGCGGGAAAACAGAUAAAGGGCUUCGCACAAUCUAUGUCCAGGUUACUGCUUGGAAGUUUAAUCUCCUAAAGGGGAAGCCUGAGAUCUCAGUUUUGUCAGCACAGGGUAACUGGAUCAAGCUUCUGAAGCCAUGGAAACCUUAUCAUGACAUAAUCAGAACGGUUGGGGUCACUCUGCAUGUUUUACACUUUGCUAAGUGGAAUCCUCAGCGGUCGCAGAAAGCUUUGUGGGAUAAUCUUAAAGAUACUUUCAGCAUGUUUGAGAGAAGGCCUUGUGUGGAUGAUCUGGCAGAUCAUGUACCAUUAAUUACAGAAGCCAUUAAGCGGGAUACAGAAUUAGAAAAAUCCAAGCUUUUGAGUGCAUUCCUUGCGGAAAAACCUUGGGAGAGGAAAACUUUUAGUGAGGAUGUAAGGCCUCCCUUUAUAGUUGAUAAUGUCAAUGAUAAAGAGGAUCAAGGAGAGUGUGAAAAAAAGGCUGAUGAAAGUGAAGAUAGUGAGUCCGAAGAGGGUGACAAGGCUGAUGAAAAUGAUGAUAGUGACUCUGAUGAGAGUGACUGUUUUGAUUCUGUGUGUGCAAUCUGUGAUAACGGCGGUAAUUUGUACAUCUGUGAUGGCAAGUGCAUGCGGUCAUUCCAUGCAACUGUUGAAGAUGGCGAGGAAUCCAAAUGUGUCUCUCUGGGGUUGACUGAUGCAGAACUAGAAGCGAUAAAAAAUGUUCCUUUCAUUUGUGACAAUUGCAAGUAUAAAAAGCACCAAUGCUUUGCAUGUGGAGAAUUGGGAUCUUCUGAUGAAUUAUCUAAUCCUGAGGUAUUUUGUUGUGUUAAUGGAGCUUGUGGGUACUUCUAUCAUCCUCGAUGUGUUGCUACUCUUCUCCAUCCUGGGGAUGAUGCUGCAACAGAAGAACUAGAGAAAAGAAUUGCUGAUGGGGAGCCAUUUGCAUGUCCUAUUCACAAAUGCGAUGUUUGCAAGGAAUUAGAGGUGAGGUCAACCGACAAAAUGCAAUUUGCUGUGUGCCGUCGCUGCCCAAAGGCAUACCACAGAAAAUGUUUACCAAGGGAUAUUAGAUCUGAAGAGGAUCCUGACAAUGAAAUUGUCCAAAGAGGUUGGGAGGGUCUGAUACCCAAGCGCCUAUUGAUUUACUGCUUAGCUCAUGAUGUCGACGAAGAGAUGCUGACACCUCUUAGGAACCAUAUAGUAUUCCCUGGCCCUCGACAAGAGAAAAAGAAAAGGCUCGAGUUGGAAACAAAUAAAAAUAAGUAUCUAGCGAAGGAAAGAGGUUUAGCUUUCAAAAACAAUGCAGGGAAUAAAAUUUCUGGAAAACAACAAAAAGGGAAUGGGGGAAAAGGUGUUGAUCUCUCCAGAAAAAGAUUGGAGGAGCUUCCUACUCCGUCUUCUAAAAAGCAGAAAUUAGCCAAUACCAGAAAUUCUCGGCGGCAGUUUAAACGAUCUACAAAUGAUGAAGGGGAGGUAUCUUCAGAUGACGGGGUACCUGAGCCUCUGAACCCCCAAAGUGUGACUACUGGACAUGCUGAGAAUGAGAUAACUAAGAAGGUCAAGCCAACUGCAAAGAGAACAGAUAAUACUUUUACUCUUGAUGCUGAUGCUAGAAGAAGAGUAUUGACUUUGAUGAAAGAUGCAUCAUCUUCAGUAACACUUCAAGAAGUUAAAAAAAGGCAUAAACCACCAUCACAAACUCUGUAUUCAAAAUUUUCUACAGAGAAUGUUACAUUGGGGAAGGUGGAAGGUUCUGUUCAGGCUGUACAUGCUGCGCUCAAGAAAUUGGAUGAAGGCAGUGUUCGAGAUGCCAAAGCAGUUUGUGGGAAUGAGCUUCUUCAGCAGGUGUUGAAAUGGAAGGAAAAGCUUAAAGUUUAUCUUGCUCCAUUUCUACAUGGCAUGCGCUAUACAUCUUUUGGUCGCCAUUUCACCAAAAUGGAUAAACUGGAGGAGAUAGCUGAUAUACUCCGUUGGUAUGUUCAAGAUGGUGAUAUGCUAGUUGAUUUUUGUUGUGGAUCGAAUGACUUCAGCUGCCUUAUGAAAAAUAAGCUUGAUGAGAUGGGGAGGAUAUGCUCAUUCAAAAACUAUGACAUCCUACAAGCUAAGAAUGAUUUUAAUUUUGAACGAAGAGAUUGGAUGGGAGUGAAAAAAGAAGAGCUGCCAGAUGGGUCGAAGUUGAUCAUGGGGCUGAACCCACCGUUUGGAGUGAAUGCUGCACUUGCUAACAGGUUUAUCAAUAAGGCUCUUGAAUUCAAACCAAAACUGUUAAUUCUGAUUGUUCCUCGGGAGACACAGCGAUUAGAUGAAAAAAAGCCUCCAUAUGAUCUGAUUUGGGAAGAUGAUCAGAUACUGGCUGGCAAAUCAUUUUAUCUACCUGGGUCUGUCGAUGUAAAUGACAAACAAAUUGAGGAUUGGAACAAUACUGCACCGGUACUUUAUCUCUGGAGUCGUCGGGCCUGGACGCCCAAACACAAGGCUAUCGCUAAAAAGCACAGCCACCAAUCCGGUGCUUUAAAGAACUGUAGAUUGGAUACGAAUCAUAAUGAGCUGCACACCACUAAUUCAGCACAAGCGUUUGAUAGUAAAGGCGAAGAUGAACAUGCAGAUACAACUAAAAACUUGCAGCAGAAGAGUAAGGAGAUUAUAAGCCACCGGGAAGGCUUGGACAAGGAGACGAUAAGCCACCGGGAAGGUUUGCCACAGAAGGAGUCUAUGAGCCAUGGGGAUGGUUUGCCAUGCAACAUCAACAGCAAUGAAGUGGGUAAAAGUCAUGCUGCAGCGAAGAAUCAUUCUGAGUCGAGUCCCAAGAGUUUUGGUGGGAAAGGAAAAAAGCAAAGAUCACCAAGUAACACAUUGCUGAAGGACGAAUCCUCUAGCAAAUUUUCAGUGCCUCGCCAUCUGUCACCGGAUAAUCAUUUGCAACUUUAUCCAACUGAACAUCGUGAAACUCCAUCACUGGUUCGUUCUGAAAGGGAUGAGCAUCAUCAAGUAGCACAGGUUCCUUGGGAACGGGGUGACUAUCGGCAGAUUAGACAAGUAGCUGAAAGGGAUGAGCAUCGUCAAGUAGCACAGGUACCUUGUGAAAGGGGUGGCUACGAGCAGCAGUUGAGUCAGGGUAACCUCCCCACACGUCGGUCUAACUCUCGAUCAGAAAAUAGUGGGGGAGUGAGUGAUUUGUUGAAGAAGUACGGUGCUGAGGAACUUCAGCGUGAUAUGAGUAUCGAACAGGCAUACAGUGCACAGCACCCUCCUCAACAUGGUAUGAGUGGCGAACAGGCAUACAGAGCACAGCACCCUCCUCAACUUGGUAUGAGUGGCGGACAGGUAUACGAUGCAUAUCGCCCUCAACGUGAAUAUGAUUGGGGAAGUAACCAGGAAUAUGCUUCACCGGCUGCAACUGGUCGAUUCAUAGGCUCUCCUCCUCUUCAUACAUCUUACUCGGAGGAAAUGAAUGUCGUUGUCCACGGAAGAGGAAGAGUAGAGCCUAAUGAGUGGAAUCAAGAAAGAGCAGUUCCUUCCUACCAGGGGCGGGGUAGCGGGUACUCGCAUCACUAUGGACUAGCAGCUGCCCCAUCAAGUUAUGGGGAGAUGAGAACACCUGUAGCGCAGCGAUAUGCGGCUCGGUUGCACGAGCCCCAUCAUGCCAGGAUGGGCCCGACGCUGCAGCACCCACCUCCUCAUCCUCCACAAAAUCAAGGAUCUAUAGGUUUUGCUCAAGGUCCCUAUGUUCCUCACCACACUAACUCGGGUUGGAUUCGUGACUAACCAACUCAUUAAUGGAUAAUCUUUUUGCUUUGUAACUUGUCUCUUAAAUUUUGGUGCUGCAUACUUCUCUUACCUGUAUAUUCCUUUCAUAUUUUGGCCAUAUAUCAAACUUUUUCUUAUAUUUUA